AUGCGAGAUGUGGUGAAGCUCUUCCGCAUUACGUCGACUGCGUCGGCACGCGUCAAACGGCAGGUGUUGUGGCUGCCAGUUCAUCUGCUUUUGGCUGUGGCGAUCAUCUGCUCGCUCGGCGGCUGCUGCUCCGCUGUGGGCUAUUCCUAUGCGAGAUUCGAGGGUCCGGUGGCGGGGCCGGAGCGUCUGGUCACCGUGCACGAUGACUAUGGCGGCGGCACGCACUCGGAUUAUGUGGCACGACCCGAAUAUAGCUUCGCCUAUGGCAUCGAAGACGGCGAGGCGCGCGUGCUGCAGAAUCGCAAAGAGACGCGCAACGGGGACGAGGUGCGCGGCGUGUACAGCGUAGUCGAUCCUGAUGGCACACUGCGCGUGGUCAAGUACACGGCGGACGAUGCGAACGGCUUCCAGGCGGAGGUGAUUACCAAUGGCGUGGCCAGGCUGCAUGGCCAUGGCAGCGAGGCGGGUGGGCCAGCUCAUGUGGAGCAGCAGGUGGAGCAUGAACAGGGCAACGAGCUGGAUGAUGAGGCAGACGAGGCUGGCGCUGAAGAGCAUGAGGAGGAGGAAGGGGAGGAGGAAGUGCCUCAGCGGCAGCGAAAGAAGCCUGCCAAAGGUCAAUAUAAAGUUCAUGAGCAUCAAGGUGACGACGGCGACGAAGGUGGGGAGGAGGAGGAGGAGGAGGGCGAUAAUGAAGGCGGUGGCGAUCAUGAGGAAUACGAAGGCAGCAGCGAAGAGGGCUACGAAGAUGCUCACACGCAUAGUAAGCAGCAGGAGGAGGAUGACAGCGAAGAGUAUUAGA